AUGACUGCCGCUGUGACUGCACUCUAUUCUCCUCCAGGAGACAAUCCAUGGUCCACGGCAUCCCCUUGCAACGCCAAAGACCACAAAGAAGCUAGUUUAUCGCUCGCCUUUCGAGGCCAAAAGGACUAUGGAUUGUGGAACAGUACUCCCAAACAAGACCAGACUUCGGAACGAUCCUGGGGAACGGCUGCUUCUGCAGCGCUCUUGGAUAUGUCGUUUCUCGAAACUCCCACUGAAGUUGAGGUCCCUCUUGAUUGGUUGGACGAGGUUUCCAUCCUCAACGACAAUCCGGAAGAGGACGACAUUGAAGUUCUCUAUUUGCCCACUUCGACCUACAAUGUCUUGGUUCCUCUCUUUAAUGAACUCUACAUUGAAGACUCUACGGAACAUGACGAUAACCAAGACGACGGUGAAGACGAUGAAGACGACAGCGAUCAAGCAUCGGUAGCCUCCUAA